GGAGGUGUCUUCUGUGGAUCAUUUGAAUGUAGUCAACACGAAUGUACUAUUGAAUCUCCUUCAAUAGGUCUUCUGGGUACAGUCCGUCAACGACAUGGUUGUGUAUCCACUAACUAUAAUGUUUUGGACAAGGAUGGAAAUGUGAUUUUCCUAAUUGAUGGGCCGGACUGUUGUACACAAUGCUUUUGUGAAGAUUAGGAUUUUAUGGUGAAUCUUCAGCAGGAAAAUGGCCACUUGCGUAGACAAUUCCAGAUUAAAACUGCCGAUAACUAUGAGCUCAUCGGUUCAAUCACCAAAAAGUGGGGUGGUGUACUUCGUGAGGCGUUCACUGACGCGGACACUUUUGCCGUCUUAUUCCCCGCCGACUUUGAUGUCAAGCUCAAGGCUGUGCUCCUUGGAGCCACGUUUUUGAUUGUGAGUUUUUUUGGUUUUUAGGGCAGCCGGUAAAUAUUUCAAACAUCUCUUUCACUUGGUACACCAUGAUCUCAUCUAAGUAUGCAAGGUACUCUAGGCCGGCGGGAACCCCUUCAAUUGCUGGGAGCGCUUCCAUUCAGAUGGAUCCUGGAGCCGCUUGUAUCGGAGCUCCCGGUUGAGUUGUAAUAACAGCUCGGUCUUGCAGUUCAACGUAAACCGGUGGAGCAGGGUUAAGAAGUUCUUGCUCCAUUU